UUCGAUCCUCGCAGAAGACGGAUUCGGGUAGCCAGCUCAAGGUUGAUUCAGCCUUCCAUCCUUCCAAGGAUGCCUGGCACAGUACUUGGAGUCGGGCCAGGAGUGUUCAUCUUAGCGCUGCUCUGGGUAUUGGCCUUGUUGCUGUGCAUGUUGUUAUCCAGAGCGUCUGGACUCGCUAGGUUUUCUGUCUUUCUGGUUUUCUUGGCUGCCGUGAUCAUCACAUUGGUUUUACUGCUUUUUCCACGUGCCGGCGAGUUCCCCGAACCUGCUACAGAAGUGAAGAUUGUGGACACCUUCUAUGUUGGCCGCUACGUUCUGCUCUCCAUUCUAAGCGUGAUUUUCCUCGGCUGCUUGUUCUUGGUUUUGGUUCACCAUGUCAUGCAACCAGUGUAUGCCAAACCGAUGCGUGUCAGCUCAUAAGAGGACAGGUGAGCCAUUCAGCGGUGUUGCCCUGGCCGGGAGAAGAGUGGACAGGGCAUUCCUAAGCAGAGUCGCACCUUUCUAAACCCGUUUAAGUCAAAUGAGUUCAGAAAGGUAUAACUGCUUAGAAUUGCACUGUAAAUGAUACAGAAAAUUAAAUUGCUCUAACCUAAAGGCUUACCUCCUAUCUCUUCACUCUCAGAUCCUGAGACAUCCAUGCCAUUAACCUUCACUAAGGUGAUGGUAUCGCUUUACUCUGCUCUGGUUCGACCUCACUUGCAGUACUGUGUUCAGUUGUGGGCACCUCAAGUUUUAAAAGGACGUUGACAAGCUGAAACAUGUCCAAAGGAGGGCAACGAAGAUGCUGAGGAGGCUGAAGAUCAAGUCUUACGAGGAAAGGUUGAAGGAGCUGGGUAUGUUUAAGCCUGGAGAGGAGGUGACUGAGAGGUGAUAUGAUAGCCCUCGUCAAGUAUUUGAAGGGCUGUCACAUAGAGGAUAGAGCAGAGUUGUUUACUGUUGCCCCAGUGUGUUGGACCAGAAACAAUGGGUUAAAAUUAAAGCAAAAUCUCUUUUGGCCAAACAUUAGGAAGAACUUUCUGACAGUUAGAGCAGCUCCUCAGUGGAACAGGCUUCCUUGGGAGAUGGUGGGCUCUCCUUCCUUGGAGGUAUUUAAGAAGGGGUGCUUGGUUCUUUCUUAUAUGCCCAGGGUAAUGUUAAUUGCCACUUUGGGGUCAGGAAGGAAUUUUCCUCCAGGCCAGAGUGGCUAGGGGUCCUCGAUGUUUUUGGCCCUCCUCUGGGUGUAGAGCAGGAGUCACUGCGGGAGGGGGGUGAAGAUAGCUGUGAAUUGCCUGGAUUGUGCAGGAGGCUAGACUAGAUGACCCUUGGGAUUCCUUCCAGCUCUGUGUAUCUAUGUUCUAUAUUCUAUGUUCACUCCUCCUGCAUCAACACCUGCAACUGCACCCUCAAAUGACUCAGCCCUUUGCUGCAGAAAUGCCUCCCAGAACCCCAACUCACCUGUUCUGUGAAGCCCUGGCUGCAGACCUCACAAUCUCCCCUCUCCAUAAUGAAACUGAGCACCUUGAGCUGAACACAUACCUUUUUCUUGGUCAUUCCGCCUUUCCCCUACCCAUGCUGUCUCCCUUAUGGUAAAAUUUAUAUUGCAAGCUCCUUGGGAGCAGGGACCUGUUUGCUUCUCCUAUAUAAAGCACCAGUCAUAUUGACAGUGCUCUAUAAAUAACGAUAAUAAAGAAAAUAAA